AUAAUAAACUUAUACUUGUGACAUAAAUUCACAACUUUACCGUAUGGAUCUGAAUCUCCCUCCAUUCAUAAGUAUGUUGUGGCCACUAUGGUCCACUGCCACCUUUGCUUCAUAUAAUUGUGUAGGGUCUUGAUGGUUUUGGUUUCCUAAAAGAGGGAGACAAUUCUACAGAGAAUGGAUCUUCUACCAGCUUAUUAUUAUUUUCUCUGUGAAAUCUCAUUUGAAAGUGGAUGCAUAUGCUAAACAAAGUGUAAAUUUUAUAGAGAUGAAAAACUUGGGGGCUAUUUAAAGUCUAGCACUUAGUAGAAUUUGAAUCUGAAACUUUGAGAGGAGUACACUCUCGAGUCGCCGAUCAUAAUCUAGUGGUUAUUAUUGAUUUACUACUUUGACUGCACGGUAUUUCGACCGCAGUAAAUCUAUUUUCCUAUUGGAGUUGUACAAAUGUUUACUCCAUUAUGCAACAACUUGAAUGUGUGGUGGGCCUAAUGCAAUUUAAGGGAAAGUGAAAGAGUUACUUAUUUUCUAGUACUGUAUCAUGUUGCACAUAUGCAUAGGGUCACAUAAAUUAUUUUUUCCUUUAAUGGGCUGCUAGGGUUAACUCAUUUUAACUCUAUAGAUUGUGCACAACGAAACUGCACGCAGUUAGUCACAUCUGAAUCGUCUGAUCAAGAUUGAACAGUUCAAAUUUCGAUCUUUUAAAGAAUCUAAAAGGUUGAGUUAAAAAUUUGGACUUAUUUAUACAGCACUUAUUCACUUUUAAACAAAGCAAAAAGCACUGCAUAAAGUUACCUCUGACACUACACUGCAUGCUUUUGCUCUUGAGGGUGGUGGUAUUAAAAGCAUACUUUUAUUGCAUGUCAUUGUUUUGAACACAGGACCAUUGUGACGUGGGACAUAUCUCUAUUCAGUUGUGUUUUAUUCUUGAUUUUUCCAAAAGGGUCAUCAAUGCAAUGCCUUUCUAGUUUUUCUAGUGUGAGUGUGAUUCUCUUUUAGCUUAAAAAGUUCCUUACAAGUGUUGUUUGUUCUAUCACUUUCUGUCAUCAAGCUUAUCAAAUGCCAAGAUCAAGGGGAUCUGAUUUGCCUCAGAGGCAGUCACCGAGAGGUACUACUCAUCAGCUUCGAACAUCGAGUUCUGACUCGGAUCCGUUGCAUCAUCGACCGGUUACUGAUCGAAGUCCAAAGCUAGGAGACCGGCGUUCUCCGAGAGGUAGUACUCAAUCGGAGACGGUGAACCAGAAGAAGCUCGGUACUCGCAUUGCGGAUUUGGAAUCGCAGCUUGGUCAAGCACAACAAGAGUUGAAAAAUUUGAAGGAUCAGCUGUCUUCUGCAGAGGCUGAAAAGAAAAAAGCUGAAGAUGAACUUGUGAAGAAAAGUGUUUCAAAGAAAGUUCAAGAGUGUGAUGACAAAGCUGAAACUAUACAACAAGAUGUUGUUAAUGUUAUGCCUGAUGAAAAUCAGGAAGAGACCGAUGUGUUUGAAGUUCCGAUCGAAAAGAUGGAAAUCGAAUUCAGAAAGCCGGAAGAUCAGUUAGAAAAGGAAACAAUAUCAGAGUCAGAGAAGCCUUUUGUGAAUGAACUGACGAUGAAAAACGAAGAGAUAGCGUCGUUGAAAUCGGAUUUGUUAGAGAAAAUGAAGGAGUUGGAAUCAAUGAGUAAGGGAAACGAUGAUUUAAAGACUCAACUGAAUGAAGCAGUUUCUAAAGUGAAAGCUUAUGAAACCAAGGAAGAAGGAACUACACUGCAGGUGAAGCAAUUGAAUGAAGAAUUGGAAGCGAGUAAAGGGGACGCGGAGAAAUUGAACAUGAAGUUGAAAUCCGUGGAAGGGGAAAAGGAGUUGUUAGAAUCAGAAAUGAAGAAGCUAAGAGUGCAGACAGAACAAUGGAGGAAAGCAGCAGAUGCUGCAGCUGCAGUGCUUGCAGGAGGUUUUGAUAUGAGUGCUGCUGCAAGGGCUCCUGAAAGAUGCGGUUCAAUGGAUAAGAACUUCGUCGGUGGAACAUUCGAGACACCUGGUGUUGGAAGGUAUCAUGGAUAUGUAGGUUCUCCUGGUAUGAAUGAUGAUAUGGAUGACGGUUUCGGAGGUGGAAAAAAGAAGGGUUCUGGUAUAAGAAUGUUUGGUGACUUGUGGAAGAAGAAAGGCCAAAAGUGAAAUUUCUGCAACUCUUUGAUUCACGGCAGAAUCAGUGCGUGUCACUGUGAUUCUGACAAAAGCUAUACUUUGGAGUUUCGACAGAAUCACGGUGUCGCAGUAAUUCUGUCUAGUAUUUUAACUAUGAUCAUGUUUAGGUGGUAGCAGAAGGUGCUAAAGGAAACAGUUGCUUACUGAUGUGUAUGCAUUUUUCUGCUAUCUUGUUUAGUUGUUUCUUUUGUAUUAUAAUAGCCACUAAGUGAUUUGAACUUUUGAAAGAUGGUUUGUGUAAUGGUUUUUGUUA